AUGCAAUCUGAUGAAGCCGAUAUUUUGCCUGAAACUGCCGCCGCGGAUGUCCCAACUAAGACGACCUCUGACGACGUUGCGUCAGCACGGAGCUUGCCAAACUCGAUCCCCGAGUCAUCAGAUACCCAGGAUAGGAAUCAAUCUGGAGGUUCAAAUUCCAUGUCAAAAGGAAUAGAAGACAAUGCGGAAUCAACUGGCGUCUUCAACGGCAUUGACAGCGAUAUUACGACCGCACACCCACCCACAAACCUUGACCUGCCACCCGAAAUCGACUUCUUGGAGCAAGAGACUGCACCAACAAAUGAUGGCAACCCCUUCUCUAGUACAAUCAUUAAUCGAGAGAGCGGAAACACAACAAAUACGAACUGUGGAAACACUGAAAACCGGGAUUGUGGAAAUACCACGACAAACAACACAACCUCCCAGAAUAUUCAACAGGCUGUGAUAGCUCGAAAGUAUCAAACUUUCAUUACCAAUAACUACUCUAGCUUUUUCUCUCCAGAUGAUCCGUCUAUCAAGACGGUGAUACACAAGGCAGCGGCUGAGAUGAUUCAUAUUACACAAAAGUAUGGUAUGGCUCCCAGCCGCGGGCAUGGUAUGGUCGAACUGGCGUUAUUCGAUAUGGUCAUUGUUUGCGACAACAGUGGUUCCAUGUGGAGAUACGCGGCAGCUAUGAAAAAUACUCUACGACAACUUGUGACGAUCACGUCGCUUCUCCUACCAAAGGGAAUCACAAUCCAGUUUCUCAAUCCCAACAAGGACGGGAGGGAUUUGCACGAAAAUAUCACUCACGGUAGCCAGGUGGAUGAGAUCUUUCAGAUGGUCCAAUUCAUCUCUAUCAGGAGAGCCAUUGGGUUAAGUGGAGUUCCGGGCUCUCGGGGGCUUGGAGAAGUUGUCAAAGAAAGGAUCCUCCACCCUAUGAUCUUUAGGAAAGCCCGUGCAAGGGAACUCAAACGGCCGGUGAUCACUGUUAUGAUUACAGACGCACAGGUGUCUUCACAAGACGGCGAGACGCUUAAAUCCACCGUUCGUUCCUGUAAAGAAUCGCAGGUUCUGCAGUUCUAUGGCGAAAAAGCAGCACUCUUCCUCUUCUCUCGAGUGGGAAACAGCAGGAAGGGAGAAAAAUUUGUCCGCGAACUGGAGAGCGAUGAUACAAUCAAAGAUAUCCUACACUGUUCGCCGGGUAGUCUGGAUAGAUGGCAGGAGGAAUUUCAAACCCCUGGAAGCGAGGACAAGUACACAGGCAUGCUCAUCGAUAUUUUCUUAACUGCCUUGGACCGUGAUGGAACUGCCUGA